AUAAAAAAAAUUCCAAUGGUCUUAUUUCAACAAACAAGUGUCCACGGAUCAGCGGUUGGGAUUGAUCACAAAUCUGAAUUUUUUCCUUCCACUCUCAGUGUCAGUGUUUUCCACAACUUGUCUGUUUGUUUGAGUUUAGUGUAUGUGCUGUGUCCAAUUUCUGAGUGCGUGCGUAUCAAGAGUCACACUCUACCAGAGUAUCAAAGAACUACCCUUUCCAUUUUCUCCUCCUGCUGCAAAACGCCUCAGGCCGUCGUCUCUGAAACUGCUUGCGUCUGGAUUCCCGCCAGCAGCCCUCAGCAGAAAUUAUUACAUGCAAGGAAUAUUGAUACUGAGUUUAAGUUGCCACUGCCGGGCUCUUCUCCAGUAGAGGCUCUCCAGAUAUUGGAUGAAAUGGUCCGAGCUGCAAGGAUCCUUCACAUGGAUGAGAUGGAGAUCUACUUCGCUGGAGACGAUGUGUCUGGUCCCUUAAGCCCAAGGAAUGAGCUGGAGUCUCUCAAUUCCAUCCUCUCAGUGAUAAAUUCCAUGAUCCCGUGUGCUGUGGACAAUGGAAUGAAACUUUUGCAAGUUCUUCAGGACGCAACAGUAGAUAUGAUCAAAUCCUAUGGGGCAAAGAGUAAUGAGGAAAAGAUAAUUAAAACGUGUAGCUCUGGUGCUGAAGAGCAGCUGCUGCAGUGGGGGAAAAAUCUCGGCGUGAGAACAAAGCUACAGAUAGCUUAUUUUGAAGGAGCUGGAAGAGGAGCAGUGGCAGUUGAAGACAUAGACAUUGGGGAUGUGGCUUUGGAAAUCCCCGAGUCUCUCAUCAUAUGUGAGGACCUUGUUUAUGAAUCUGACAUGUUUCAUGUGCUGAAGGAUAUGGAUGGGAUGACAGCCGAGACGAUGCUGUUGUUGUGGGGCAUGAAGGAGAGGUACAAUGCCAACUCAAAAUUCAAGAUCUACUUUGAGACAUUGCCAAAGGAUUUUAAUACAGGAUUGAGUUUUGGAAUUGACGCACUUUCUAUUUUAGAGGGAAGUCUGCUGUUUGAAGAAAUAUUGCAAGCAAGAGAGCACUUACGUGGGCAAUACGAUGCAUUAUGCCCGGCAUUAUGCGCCGAUCAUCCUGAUAUAUUUCUAGCUGAGCUAUAUACAUGGGAUCAGUUUCUUUGGGCCUGUGAGCUUUGGUAUUCUAAUAGCAUGAAAGUCGUUUUUGCUGACGGAAAGUUAAAGACAUGCUUGGUUCCUGUUGCAGGCCUGCUCAAUCACUCGCUAUGCCCGCACAUACUGCACUAUGGUAGAGUAGAUUCGGCAACAAAUUCCUUACGCUUUCGUCUAUCAAGACCGUGCAAAGGAGGAGAGCAAUGCUAUCUUAGCUAUGGGAGCCUCUCCGGUUCUCAUCUAGUUACCUUUUACGGUUUCCUGCCAAAAGGGGAUAACCCUUAUGACGUCAUUCCUCUCGAUAUCGACACUCAUGCGGAAGAUGCUGGGGACCAGCCAACAAGAAGUGAAACUGAUUGGACCACUCACAUGGUGCGAGGAACGUGGCACUCUAACGAUAAAAAGCUCUAUGCUUAUGGGUUACCUUCUCCAUUGUUAGCGCAUCUUCGUGAGGCCUUGCGAGAGGAUGACCAUCUGUUGUCUUCAAAGGCUCCCGGUUGUAUUGAUAUGACCAAGGACAAUGAACAGGCUGUCCUCCAAACGAUUCUCUCCAUCUUUGGUCCCAUGAUGGAGGGACUUGGUGAGUCAGACGAUUUCAACAGGGAAAAUUGUAGUUGGGAUGUAAAGCUAGCGUUAGACUUCAAAGACCUACAAAGGAGAAUCAUCAGAUCAGUUUUGGCGUCUUGUUCUGCGGGUCUUCAAAUGUUGGACAGCCUCUAGUUGGAGAGUUUUACAGGAAAUCAGGACCCAAGGAGCAUUGUCUAUCACUAGUGGGCCCCAUCACAUCAACGGUCUUGAUUAUCAAAUGAUGACCUUGCUUAUAGGAAAUCAGAACCCAAGGUCACCGCAGCGGGUUUGCCUCGGCUCAGAUCAUUCCUCGAACUUUCAUUUUAUUUAUUUAUUUAUUUUAUAUUUUAAUUCUGAUCAGAUGAUGAUAGAAGCAUUAAAGAUGUGAUGGAUUGCUUCUGUGGUGGCAAAUUUGAUUCUCAAGCAAUUGAUGGUUUUUUUCUAUUUUAUUUA